AUGAAGGGAAGACAGCAAAAACGACGCUAAAGUGGAAGGGGAAGGGAGGGGAAGGGAGAGAGAGAGAGAGAGAGGGAAGAUUUGGUUCGUCAGCCCCAAACCUCUUAGGUUCUCUCUUAGGUACUAUUAUUAUUAGGAUGUCUCCGGCCGAAUCGUCUCGGGAGGAAAAUGUGUACUUGGCGAAAUUGGCGGAGCAGGCUGAACGGUAUGAGGAGAUGGUGGAAUUCAUGGAGGGUGUAGCGAAGACGGUGGACGUUGAGGAACUAACAGUAGAGGAGAGAAAUCUUCUCUCUGUGGCUUACAAGAAUGUGAUUGGAGCAAGAAGGGCUUCAUGGAGGAUCAUUUCUUCCAUUGAGCAGAAGGAAGAAAGCCGUGGAAAUGAAGAACAUGUGGCUGCUAUCAAGGUAUACAGGGCAAAGAUUGAAUCAGAACUCAGCAAGAUUUGUGAUGGGAUCAUGGGACUUCUGGAGUCGCAUUUAAUCCCUUCAUCGACAACUGCGGAGUCCAAGGUGUUUUACCUUAAGAUGAAAGGUGAUUACCAUAGGUACCUGGCUGAAUUCAAGACUGGUGCUGAGAGGAAGGAAGCUGCCGAGAGCACUUUGUUGGCUUACAAGUCUGCACAGGACAUUGCUGUGGUUGAAUUGGCUCCCACUCACCCGAUUAGGCUGGGGCUUGCCCUUAACUUUUCAGUUUUCUAUUACGAAAUUCUGAACUCACCUGAUCGCGCUUGCAAUCUUGCAAAGCAGGUUGGUUCUCUCAUAUGAUUCUUUUUCAUUAACUUUCUAUGCAUGCAUCUAAAGAAAUUACUCUGGAUUUGCUUGCUUGGAAAAUGGAGUUAACAAAUGAAAUUUUUAGCUGUUAAUCAGAUGCUCCUUAAUUUUUGUUUUUUCGGAUAGUCAGAAGUGCUCGUCCCUUAAAUAAUAUGCUCUCUUUUUAUGCAUCUUGCGCAUUAUAAACCAUGGAUGCUUAACUCAGAACUGUAUGUAGAUCAUUGCUGCCUGUGUAUUUUUUGCAAAAAGUGGUAAAUUCACAUUUGCAUCCUCCAGUCGCCUGGCAGUAGAUAGUCCUGCCAAACUUGAUAAUGGAUGCAAGAGCUGCUACAGUACCUUUUUAUGGAUUUUACUUUUUGAAAGUGUUACAUACAUAUGUUUGUGUAUUGAGUAAGGAAAUAAUGGAUACCUAAGGAGUGAAUAUAAAAUGGCAUACUUGACCUUGUAUGGGUUCACAUUUGAUCCAAAAAAAUGCAAAGUAUGAGUAUUCCUCAAAUUGGAAGUAUCUAUUGUAUGUCGGUAUUUCUUACUUUCUUUAUGUAAAGUUCUAUAACAUAUCUAAUUAGUAAGCUUCAAUAUUAAAGGGAUUGUUUCUUGAA